AGAACAACAGCCGCAGAGGGAGAGGGAGUGCGAGACGCGGAGAGGUCGUAUUAAUCGUCUCCUAACUCGUAACGCAACUCCCCUAUUACUCCAUUACUCCUGCACUUACCGGCUGCAUUGAAUAACUGGAAACCUACUCAGAAGAACUUCAUCUCCCUCGAUUCAAUGCAAUUCUAAUUCUUGACGUUAGUAGGUUUCCAAAAUGAGUAAAGACCUACGAUCACCCAGUAAAGACACACAACUACGAGCAACUAUAAAUCAGAGGCUGGUAGAAACAGGAGAACGAGAUCGUCUGAAGGAUUUACUUCGAACAAAACUUAUUGAAUGUGGAUGGAGAGAUCAGUUAAAAGCACUCUGUAAAGAUGUGAUCAGAGAGAGAGGAUUAGAACACGUCACGGUGGAUGAUUUGGUGUCAGAAAUAACUCCAAAAGGUCGAGCCCUUGUGCCAGACAGUGUGAAGAAAGAGCUCUUGCAAAAGAUAAGAGUUUUUCUUGCUCAGCAUGCCAAUCUCUGAAUUUGGAAUGACCAAAUUACCUUGCCAUUUUGAUUUCUUUAUUGUUCAAACCACACAUUAAAGCAGAUGUUACUGGACUGGCUUAAGUGCCUAAAAUGAGCCUGCACAUAGUUUUAUUUUUGUGACAAGCUUUUAAUUCUCGACAAUAUUUUGGCAAAUAAAAUACUCCCAUUGUCUUAGUGUAUUUUUUUUAAACAUCCCCAAACAUGGUUCACAAACAGCUUUUCCACCAAAUACUUCUGUAUUUUGUUUGCUAUAUAUCGGGCAAUCUUUCUGUUUCAAUAAAAUUGUUGUAACAUC